AUGAAUUCAGAUACUAAAAAAGUGGCAGCUAGCCUGUACGGUAGAGUAAAUGCUCCAGUGGAAAAAUUUAGAGUUAAUUUCUGUACGGAUAUGGAAAAAUCAGUUUUGAUGGGUAAUUUCGAAAGACGAGGCUGGCAUCAAGUAGGACCGGAUGACGAAUGGAAUUUUUAUUGGGCAUCAACCCAAACUUGCCGGAAUUUAUUCAGCGUGGAAAGUGGCUACCGAAUGAAUGAUAAUCAAAUGAUUAGUCACUUUCCUAAUCAUUACGAGCUAUCCAGAAAAGACCUUCUUGUGAAAAAUAUAAAGCGCUACAGAAAAGAAUUAGAAAGAGAAGGUAGCCCCUUGGCCGAAAAAGCUGAAGUAGUUUUACAAGGAGGCCAAAUCGUUACACGCUACGUUCAUCUCGAUUUUAUCCCUGUGACAUUUGUUCUCCCAGCGGACUACAACAUGUUCGUCGAGGAAUAUCGUAAAUCACCGCAGAGUACAUGGAUUAUGAAACCAUGCGGGAAAUCUCAAGGUACGGGGAUCUUUCUUAUAAAUAAACUAUCAAAGUUGAAAAAAUGGUCGAGGGAAGCAAAGGCUCCGUUUCACCCACAGCUUAGUAAAGAGAGCUAUGUUAUUUCUCGUUACAUAGACAACCCUUUGCUUAUAGGUGGCAAAAAAUUUGAUUUAAGAUUAUACGUUUUAGUUACAUCUUUCAGACCUUUAAAAGCUUAUCUGUUUCAACUUGGGUUUUGUAGAUUUUGUACUGUAAAAUAUGACACAAGUGUAACAGAAUUGGAUAACAUGUACGUUCAUCUGACAAAUGUUAGUGUACAAAAACACGGUGGUGAUUAUAAUAGCAUACAUGGUGGAAAAAUGAGCGUUCAAAAUUUACGAUUAUUCUUAGAAGGCACGAGAGGUCGGGCUGUUACGGAAAAAUUAUUUGCUUCCAUACAAUGGCUUAUUGUACAUUCCUUAAAAGCUGUAUCAUCCGUUAUGGCUAACGAUAGACAUUGUUUCGAAUGUUAUGGAUACGACAUAAUAAUAGAUAAUCAAUUAAAACCCUGGCUAGUGGAAGUUAAUGCCUCACCCUCACUUACCUCGACAACGGUUAAUGAUAGGAUAAUGAAAUAUAAAUUAAUUGAUAACAUAAUAUCAGUGGUUAUACCACCAGAAGGUAUGCCAGACGUGCGUUGGAACAAAGUGCCGAAUCAUGAAACGCUUGGGAAUUUUGAUUUACUAAUCGAUGAGGAAUUAAUGGAAAAAGAAGAUUCUGCGAGUGUUACUGGGAGAUCCAAUAAGAGUCAUAAAAAACAA